UUCCCAUGCACCCCGUGGAUACCUUUUUUUAACUUACUUUUUUGUAAUCCUUAGGGUGUCUAGUUAAUGAAAUUUGGUGUUCCCAAAAUUAAAUAUUGUCCCAUGGGGUCCUUAGGCGGCCAUCUUUGGCGGCCAUCUUGGAUUUUCGACAAAAAUUGAUAUUCGGCGUAACUUUUGAACCAGACAUCACACAAAGACAAAUUAACCCAUUUUACAAUUCAAUUUUACAUCACAAAUCACUAUGGAUGGUUAUUUUCAUGAUUCAGACAAGUUAGAUACAAGAAAACUUGCAAAAUAUGAAAAAAUCAGCAAAAUUUUUACUCAAAAUCUUGUAAAAUAUCAUUUUUUGUGAUAUUUUAAAUAAAUAAACAUCUUAAAUCUGUUUCAAUUUGGUCAAUCUUGCAUUCAGUUUAAACCUUCAGAAAUACUCUUUAAUUUGAUACCAAGAUGAAUCUUCUCAGUGAUAAGAUAAAACAGUGGCAGCCAUCUUGGAUUUCCGAACAAAAUCAAUUAUUAGCAUAACUUUUUUACUUGACAUCGUAGAGAGACAAAUAAACACAUUUUCGACACUGAUUUUGCACAAUAAAUCAAUUGUGAAAGUUUUUUCCGUUGUUCAAAUAAUUGGGAUAUGUCAAAAAAAUAUAUUGGAAAGAAGGGAACAUGUCUAAUUUACACUAAAAUUUGCAAAACAUCAAUCUCAGGAGUGUUUUUUAAAGAAACAAAUUAAACUUGUUUCAAUUUAAUCAAAUUUGCAUUAUGUCAAAGCAAUGAAAGUACUCUGUAAUUAAUACCAAAUAAUAUGUUGAGAAUAAUUGUCAAAUCAUCAAACAUCAUGUGAUUAACACAUCAAAACAAUACAUGGCCACAGAUAUGUGACAACUUGCACACCCGAUUGAUAAAAUACACAACGUAAAAGCUGUUGGUCCUGCCAAGCCCACAAUUUAUUGAAACCAUCUAACCAGAAUGCCCAACAUACAUGCCAGCCAUGCAUGCUGUCUCCCAUUCACUUCCUUCAAUUGUAGCAAGUUUGUGGUGUUAAAAGAUAUAAAAUUGUAACACAUUAGAUGUAAGUUGUUACAAAGUAUAACAUUAUCUACUUCAACAUUUAUAUUUGCUUGGUGAAGGUCUUAUUGUGGAACUAUAGUUUGAGCUGUAAAGGUGACAGGGAUCUAUAUUGAUCAUAGAAUAGUAAAGUGUAGUGCUGGAUAGACAUGCCAAAGUCAGCAAAACGCAGUAUUAACAGGGAUAAGGGUGGGGGGUCAGUAAAACUACAGAAAUCUCAUCAUAGUGGGUCCGUCUGUAUUUUACAUGUGAGUGGCAUUCAGCAUCUAGAAUUCACACCAUUCAGUGAAAUCCAGGGAUCUGCUGCUGAAAAGCUGUCUCAGCUACACAAUAUUCGUGACAGACGACUCUGCGAACCUGAAAAUUCACCCUAUCGCUUCGAGGAUGUAUGUAAUCGCAUUCCGGAAAGUCUUGCUGGUGCAGACUUAAAAGCAAUAGGCUAUCAUCGAGGAUGUUAUCAAAACUUUACUAAAAAUCAGAAUCGUUUGAAGUGUAGUGGAAAUUCUAGUGAAGCCUCAACCUCACGUUGCCUUCGUAGCGCGUCAGUUUCCUCUCCCAAACAGCUGUUCCCUCCACAAUGUAUCUUUUGUGGAAAGCUUGAACAGAAAGUGUUUGGAAAGACUACUCGAUGCAUGAAGUUCCCAGUAUUCAAGGAUGAAGAUGGAAAUUUGAGAGAGCCUACUUGGAAACAAAUUGAGCCUCGAGCCCAAGAACUAUGACUAAACAGUUUACAUUGUAUGGUGCAAGGAGAGGACUUGUUUGCGAGAGAAGCAAUGUUCCACAACUCCUGUCUAAAAUCAUUCAAUCUCAAGUAUAUUAAUCACUUGCGCGAUAAAGAGAGAGAUGGCAACCGUGAUAUCGACACAGAGCAAAAACUUAAGGCUGCUGCACAUCUGAAAGCAUUCACUGCUGUUCUUGAUUUUAUUCAAGACCAUGUGAUUGGGCAGAAAGAAGUUGUGCAGCUUGCAUCGCUUCGUCGCCUCUACAUGCAAGAGUUGGAGCGAAACGACUUUCCUAAUCCAGAGUACAGAAGUGAGAAGCUGAAAUCCCGACUUGAGAACCAUGAUAUUCAUAAGUGCAUCGCCUUUGUCAAAUUCAAUCCAGGUGACCAAGGGUUUAGAAAAUUUAACCUGGUCUACAGUGCCAGCCUCUCUGUAGCAGAUGCAGUGACAUACGCCUAUAAGCUGGGAUCCCAAUAUAAAUAUGAAGACGCAGCCCUUUUUCUCCGAGGUAUAAUCCAGCGGGCAUUCAAAGAGUCAACAGCGAUUCCCUGGCCUCCAACAGCUGACGAUCUUUUGAUAAAGUCAUCGUCAGAUGAACUCCUCCCACCUGACCUCUUGAAGUUCCUAACUUUUGUCAUAUCAGGUGAUGCCGAUGCGGAGAAGUGUGAGGAGAAAACUAGACGUGUCCUGCUCUCUAUAGGCCAGGACAUCUGCCGUGCUGUGACGAAGGGAGAGUGGAAAAUGCCCAAACACAUUCUUCUCUGUACCACCAUAAGGCACCUUUAUCGCAGUAAGAAUCUCACCACUAUCCUCAGUAGACUGGGACACUGUGAGACAUACAAUUUCAGCUUAGAGCUUGAGACAGCGCUGGCAAAGGCUAUCGAUGAGGUAUCAUCUUCCCUAACUCCCCAGAUAAUUACAGGAGAGGGCAAUGAUGUGUUUCAUACAGAGUGGGAUAAUCUCAACAAAAUAACAACGAACAUCCACGGCUCAAACGUGGUAAAUAGCACUGGCGGGAUCAUGAUCCAGGAGGUGAGACCAGGGUUUGAUAUCACCAACCAAAAUCGGAAACUUCCUCUCUACAAGCGCAGUAAUACACGGUCAGUUAAUGUGAAUACACCAGAGACACUGGCUCCUGUCCAUAUAUUUGGCCGAGUCGGGCCCAAGUUUCCCAAGGGAUCUGUGUUCACCCCACCAGCCAUAAACAGUAAAGUGUACUCGAAAUGCAUCAAUGAUUAUCGUGUCUGGUUACUUGCUCGGGUUGUGGGCAGCAGCGCACAGAAGCAACUUGUCCCAGGAUUUGGUGGCUUCAUCUCUUCAACGGGUACCAAACCCUCCCGAAAGUCAACUAUUGACUAUUUCACCCCCAUCAAUCAGCCCUUCACCGAGUAUGGAGUCAUUAAGGAGUUGCUAAAGCAGUCAGAGGAGGCCACCAUGGAGGUGGGUCAGGAGUAUGUCCUGAACACCUUCGAUCUCGGUGGGUGCAUGAAGGCCCUACCCCUUAUUUGGAAAUUCCCAGACGAGUACAAGAAGCAUGUUAUCACCCCAGGGCCAUUCCACACCGGGAUGAACUACAUAAACAUGUUGACUGGUCACAAAUGCAGAGGCUCAGGCUACUCUGAAAUCCUCAUUGAGGCUGGACUGGUUACAAGUGGCUGCCUGAGUAGUGUGCUGAAAGGGAAGGCGUUCGCUAAAGCCAUGUUCUGUCUGAAAACAGUAAGUGAAGCCAUGGAGCGGUUGCUGAUGGAGAGAUUCAUUGAUGAGGAGAAUGUUGAUGUAAGCAACCCAAAGGCCUUGUUCAACCUCAUCCAAAGCUGUAGUCAGGAGACCCUAGACCUUGCAUUGCAGGAUCCUUCCACCCUUACCAUCCUUAAGAAGCAUAACACCUAUGAAGACAAAGUGCGCAAUGGUCACCUCGGCAAAACAGCUAAGUUCUGGCUCAGUGUUAUUGACCACACCAGACUGCUCCUUAUGCUACAUUACUCUGUUAAGACGAACAACUUGGAUCUGUUCCACAAAUGCAACGGUGAUAUGGCAUAUCUUUUCUUUGCAUAUGACGGGCCAAACUACUCAAGGUACUUGACAUGGCUGGAUGUGUUUCUGACGAAUAUUGAUAAGUCUCAUCCUGGCGCCAAAGAGUUGCUGAAGAAGGGUGGCAUUGCAGUUGCACGUUCUGUCAUCCCCGGUGCUCUCAGUGCGGUGGACAAGACGAUGGAGGAGACUUUCAUGAAGUUUGCUAAAUCAACAGGUGGAUUCACAGGGCUUUAUACCAUGUAUGGUGCCUACCAGCGAUGGUGCCGUACAACGUCAACCCGAGCUCAGUACUAUGAGAAGAUGCUUGAUAUGUGUGGCUUGAUCGAUGACCCUGACUGCCCAAAAGCUGGGAAACACCGUGAACUGGAGAGAGCAGAGAUAAGAAAGUCCGAGGAGGCAGUUCAACAAACCAUAUCUGCUAUUCGCAACUUCACCAAUCCUUUCUCCAUAGUUGACAAAGACCACCUCUACAGCUUGUCGUCUGGUGCUCCUGCUUCCCCAGAGGUAGAGUUUGAUGUGCUUCGUGCUGAAGAAGCUGGUAAGGAGGCAAAUGAAGCAUUCAUCAAAGAUCGAUUUGUGAAAGGCUCUGUAGAGUUCUUUGAUCCAGUCAAGAGGCUUAAACUGAAAACGAUGGAGGCCUCAAACAAGACAAUAAAGCUCACUGCAUCACAGGGAAAGGUCAUCCAAUACCGUGAGCAAAGUGAUCUUGCUUUCAUGCUGCUCAUCAAGUCCCAGCACCUGGCAGAGCCCCUGAACCUUGACGAGUUGAUGCGGUACUCACUCACCCCUGUCCCUCAUAGUCUUGGCACGGCUGAUGGAUUCUUCAAUAAGACAAACAAGGCCGCGGUGCUUCAUUUCCUGACGGAAGAUGCUCCUGAGAAUGUGCCUUAUCCCAAAGAUGCCCUCUACAUCCAGGAUGGUAAUGCACUUUUCCACGCCCUGACAAACCUCCCUCCCACGUUUGGCGAAAUUUGUCUCAAGUUGCUAGAUCAGAUGGUUGCAAAGAAGAACUUUGUCUUUUCAACUGAUUCAUACCACGCCGACUCCAUUAAAGCCCAGGAACGAUUGCGCCGUGGCUUCUCCCAACGUUACAUCUUGGACGGACCGGCAACGCGUAAGCCAAGCGACUUCAAAUUAUUCCUGGCAAACGAUAGCAACAAAACUCAGUUCUGUCAGCUAUUACUACAGGUAUGGGGUAGUACAGGUGCAGCUCUUCGCCUCGAAAAAAGUGGGACAGCAAUGGCAGUGGUGGAUGGCAAGGCGUAUCGGAUGGUCUCGGCAGAUGGCGUCGUGACUGUACACGAGAUCCCUGAGCUGGCGUCGAAUCAAGAGGAGACGGACACCCGCGUUGUGCUUUACGUCAAGUAUGCCGUCAAGAUGGGGUACAACUCAGCUGUUGUGAGGACGCCAGACACGGACAUUUUCUUAAUCCUCUUGCACUUUGCCCACUUAGUAGCUCUCACCAUCUACCUUGACACAGGGACUGGAAAGCAUCGACAGAUUGUGAAUGUCAGUGAGCUCGCAGAAUCAAAAGGAGCAAACUACUGUACCACGAUACUUGGCCUCUACGUUUUCACCGGGGAAGAUGUAACAAGUGCAUUUAAGGGAAAAGGCAAGGUUGGACCCUUAAAGAAGCUACAGAGCAAUCCCAAGUACCAAUCAGCUUUCAGAAAACUUGGUGACGAAUGGUCUGUUGAGCCAGAGGUGAUUGAUGAAAUUGAGUCGUUCACAUGUAUGAUGUAUGGCCACACCCGGGAGAAGUCAAUCAAUGCCGUACGUAGCAGCAUGCUCAAGCAGAUGGUUGGGGAGAAUGACCAACUAACAACAAAAUCUAGAGUAGAUUUCUCCCGGUUACCGCCUUGCAGAGACAACCUUAUUCCACACAUCCAUCGAGUAAAUCAUCGUCUUGCGACUUACAAGCGAGCUGACACGCCAAUCUUCUGGUGCCCAAAACCCUAUGAUCCUGGACAGGGCUGGGAGAAGACAGAAGAGGGUAUAUUGGAACCAGUUUGGUCGUGUGGGCCUGUUCUACCCCCUUCCCUCAUUGACCUGCUUCAGACAACUGCGGCGGAGAUUGAGGAGGAUCAAGAGGAUCAAGAGGGAGAAGAGAUUGACUAUGAUGAUGCACUUAAUGAUGAUGACUAGAUAUUUUAUCAAUCAAAUAAUCAACUUUACUCUUCAUAUUAGGCGAUUAAUAAACACCUAGACCCUAAUAUAUGUACACAAUUAUGGCAAAGAAGGCCAAAAAGCCAACAAGACCAGGGUGAUUAGAAGUAAAAUGGGUAAUACAGCUCAGUACUCGGCACAACUUUUGAGUAAAUUUUUGUUUGAUAAAUUCUUUUCGUAUAAAGUAAGAAAAAAAAUUGCCGAAAGUCUCUGUGUGUAGGAUGCUUUGUCCAGAUACUGUUCUAAACAUAAAUUUUCAUCCAAAAUUCCUUGAUGGCCGCCGAGAUGGCCGCCAAAGUUUUCUUUUUAAAUCCAAGAACAUAUAAAUUAUUUUGGUAUCGAGUUAAAGAGAACUGUUCAUGCUUUGACAUCAAUACAAUAGUGACUGCAUUGAAUGACAUGUUUUGGUUAACAACCCACCUGAGAUUGAUGUUUUAAAGGAUUUUGAGCGUAAAAUAUACAUUUUGCCUUUAACAUUCAAGUUUUCAGAAUAUCACAAUUGUUUGAAUAACGGAAAUAACAUUCACAAUUGAUUUAUUGUGCAAAAUCAGUGUCGAAAAUGUGUUUAUUUGUCUCUCUACGAUGUCAAGUAAAAAAGUUAUGCUAAUAAUUGAUUUUGUUCGGAAAUCCAAGAUGGCUGCCACUGUUUUAUCUUAUCACUGAGAAGAUUCAUCUUGGUAUCAAAUUAAAGAGUAUUUCUGAAGGUUUAAACUGAAUGCAAGAUUGACCAAAUUGAAACAGAUUUAAGAUGUUUAUUUAUUUAAAAUAUCACAAAAAAUGA